AUGUUGCAGGAUAAGGAUGUUGUGAGUAGCCCUAUAAGUUCUCAACAAUUUGAAUUUUGUGAUCAAGAAUUUUUCCCUGAAACUCUACAAAACUCAGAUGUUUCUUCCUGCUCAAACUGCUGUUUUGAAGAGAACUCUAAUUACACCACUAAUCUCUCCUUUUCUUCUUCAUUCCCUUCUGAAAUAGGAAAGCCCAAUAACAACAACAAUAACAGCAGUAACACCAACAAUCUCUCAAUUAUCUUUGAUUUUCAAGAUGAGAAUAAUGAGAAUAAUGAAAUCUCAGCUUCCAUAGAUUUUUCUCCACAAUCAACAUUUUCAAAUGUUGUUGUCCCUCCUCCAUUACUAUCAACAACACAAGAAGAUCAAUUUGAUCUGUCUUCACUGCAAUGCCACAUUCCAUUAGUGGAUAUAGGCAAUAGGUUCUCAACUACAUACUCUUCUGACUCAGUUGUUCCUGAUCUCAAAGGACCUUCAAUAUUACCAUCUGUUUUUGAAGAUGAUCAUUGUUUAUCUUCAUUACCUUCAUGUUCUUUCCUUGAUCCAACAAGUUUAGGACCUUUCUUGCCCUCGAAUUUGAGUACAACAAUACCUGCUGAUCCAUCAGGAGUAGUUUUUGCUGGAAAUAUUCUUAUGGGCUCUGAUUUUCAGACACAAGAGUUGGAAUUUCAAGGUGAUAAUUAUGGAGUUUAUGGUUCUGAUUCAAUUCAACAAGUUUACAACUCUGGUGAUAUACAGGGCCUUAAUAAUGAUAGCUCCCAACUGGUGAAUGGUGGUGGGACUUCUACUCUAACAUCAGAAAUCUGUACUUUGGAAGAAUCCACCUACAAAGUUGGAAAACUCUCUGUUGAAGAAAGGAAGGAGAAGAUCCUUAGAUACAUGAAGAAGAGAAAUGAAAGAAAUUUCAGUAAGAAAAUCAAGUAUGCAUGUCGCAAGACUCUUGCUGAUAGCCGUCCUCGUGUUAGAGGAAGAUUUGCCAAGAACGAUGAGUUUGGAGAAGCAGCAAGACCCAAUUGUGGCAAUCAUGAAGAUGAAGACGAUGAAGAAGUGGCAGCAGUGAAAGAACAAGAGCAAAUGGUUGACUCUUCAGAUAUUUUUGCUCACAUCAGUGGCGUGAAUUCCUUCAAAUGCAACUUCCAAAUCCAAUCCUGGACAUGAAGAGGAUCAUGGAUCCUCAAGUUGAGAUUCGUGUGUGUACAAUUUUGUAAGAUCCCCUAUCUCGGUGGAGCUGAUGAUUGCUCCAUACGAUUGAAAUAAAAUGAUGGAGUGGAACAUUGCCAU